AGCGGUCAGCAACGGCAAAGAUGCCUCGGCUCGGCUUCUGUGAGCUCAACGGCCGGCAAUAUCAACUGCGGAGCGAGCCCCCGGAUUCGGCUCCGGAUAAUUCAUUGACUGGCAUAUCUUAUCCAGGUACCAACUACCAAGCAGGAUAGACAAUAUUAAACUCAAGUCAGAAUCUUCAGACAUAUUUCAAUAUGGACAUUGAAUCCCUCUUCAGCGUCAAGGGCAAAGUGGUCCUCGUCACCGGCGGCGCCAAGGGCGUGGGCCGCAUGAUAUCGGAAGCCUUUGUGCAGAAUGGCGCAAAGGUGUACAUUGCCUCACGCGACGCCGCAGCGUGUAAUGCAGCUUGCGCCGAGCUCAACGCCCUCCUUUCAUCCUCCUCCUCCUCAUCAUCAUCAACAAAAGGAUCCGCGAUCCCGCUCCCAGCGGACCUGUCCAAGCCCUCGGAUUGCCAACGGCUCGCCGCGGAACUGACCCGGCGCGAAACCAAGUUGCACGUGCUCGUCAACAACUCGGGCGCGACUUGGGGGGAGGCCUACGACCAGUUUCCCGACGCGGCGUGGACCAAGCUGCUGACGCUGAACCUGCAACGGGUAUUCACUCUGACGCAGCUGCUCACUCCUCUACUCGAGGCGGCAGCGGACCUCAGCAGUGGCGGCACGACGCUGGACCCGGCCCGCGUCAUCCACAUCGGCUCCAUCGACGGCAUCCGCGUGCCUGUGUUGCCGACGUAUGCUUACAGUGCUAGCAAGGCGGGACUGCACCACCUGUCGCGCCACCUGGCUGUGGAGUUGGGGCCAAGGGGGAUUACGAGCAACACGCUGGCUUGUGGGCCUUUUCCGAGCAAGAUGAUGGCUGCGACGCUGGAAAGUUUUGGGGAGGAUAUUAAAGCCGCGAACCCGCUGGGGCGUAUUGGUAUGCCUAGUGAUGUCGGGGGUGCGUGUAUUUUUCUGGCGAGCAAGGCCGGUGCGUUUGUCAAUGGGGCGACUAUUACUCUGGAUGGAGGGGUGGUGUUGCAGAGUAAGAUUUAGUUUGCUAUGGGAAUGGUGGCUUAAGGGACAGGAAGACGAUCAUGGCCCAAAUCUAUACAUAGCAACACCGUCAGGUGGCAUAUGGCUGGGAGGUGUCCACCUCCCAUUAGGCCAGAUUUUGAGUUACCGCUCAGCCUCUACACUGGACCCCGUCGCAGACCAGCCAGCAGGUCACUCUAAGAUAUUCCUCCCGUCUACGAAUAGUGUAAUAAUAUCAACCGUCGAAGCU